GUAUUUGAAUUUGUAAAUGGAACUUCUUUAACUAAGACAUCAUCAAAUAUAACAGAUGAUAAUGAUGUUAGAAUUUUUAGUUAUCGCUUAUUGAAAGCUGUUUCUGAAUUACAUGAUUAUGGAAUUAUACAUAAUGACUUAAAAGGAGCAAAUAUAUUACUUAAUCAUGAAAACAAAAAAUUGAAAUUAAUAGAUUUUGGUUUAUCUUAUAUGUAUAAUCCAUAAUUAAUAAGAACAUCAACUGGAGGUACUGUUAAUUAUAAAGCUCCAGAGCAAUUGAUUAAUUAAGGUUUUAAUCAUCAUUUUACGCCGGCAAUAGAUGUCCAUGCAACAGGAGUACUAAUAGCCCAUUUAAUGUACAAAAAGUUCCACUACUUAUAACUAACUUAAUUUGAAAGAAUAACCGCAAAAGAAGCUUUAAAACAUAAAUAUUUUGACCCAAUUAGAAAUUUGGUUGAAUGA